UCCAGGAAUCAUUGAGUCUAUAUUCGAAAUAAUCCAUUAAAUUACGCUUUCAUUACGUCAAUUCGGGUCAUUUUUUACAUUUUAAAUUGUUGUAUAGUUGUUGCAAAUUUUUUAAACUAUGUGUCUGCGAAUUGCCACGAUUUUAAAUCAGGCCAAUACUAGAGCCACCAAAAGGUCCUUAGGAUGCAGGAUGUGUUUGUGGAUGUAACAUCACGUCACUACACCGGUUUAGUUAGCCUGUUAGCAUUGUAUAUAACAAGAACGACCGUAAGAAAGUAUCAUAAUAAACAUUAUUAACGCAAUUGGCUGCUGGAAAGUAACAAUACAUAGAUUUGUCUGUCUUUUUGUAAUAUAUUUUCGUCAUCUUCAUCAGCGGGGAUCAUGGCGACCGGUGCUGAUGUGAGAGACAUCCUGGAGCUGGCAGGAGGAGACGCAGAUACAGGACCAAUCAGCAAGAAGGACAUCAUCAACUCCGACAAGAAAAAGGUGAAGAAGAGCACAGAGACCCUGACGUUUAAGAGGCCAGAGGGAAUGCACAGAGAGGUCUACGCUCUGCUCUACUCCGAUAAAAAGGACGCUCCCCCUCUGUUACCCAGCGACACCACUCAGGGUUACCGCACGGUGAAGGCCAAGCUGGGCUGUAAGAAGGUUCGUCCGUGGAAGUGGAUGCCCUUCACCAACCCGGCUCGUAAAGACGGAGCCAUCUUCCACCACUGGAGACGAGCGGUGGAGGAGGGCAAGGACUACCCCUUCGCCCGCUUUAAUAAGACGGUACAGGUCCCCGUGUACUCGGAGCAGGAGUACCAGAUGUACCUGCACGACGACGGCUGGACUAAAGCGGAGACGGAUCACCUGUUCGACCUGUGCAAGCGCUUCGACCUGCGCUUCAUCGUCAUCCACGACCGCUACGACCACCAGCAGUACAGAAAACGUUCUGUGGAGGAUCUGAAAGAACGCUAUUACAACAUUUGCGGGAAGCUCACGAAGGUCCGCGCUCCGUCUGGCACCGAACCUAAAGUCUACAUCUUCGACGCGGGACACGAGAGACGCAGGAAAGACCAGCUGGAGAGACUGUUUAACCGCACACCUGAACAGGUGGCGGAGGAAGAGUACCUGAUGCAGGAGCUGAGGAAGAUCGAGACGCGGAAGAAGGAGCGGGAGAAGAAAGCGCAGGACCUGCAGAAGCUGAUCACGGCGGCUGACAGCACCACGGAGAUGCGCCGGGGUGACCGCAAGGCCACGAAGAAGAAACUGCCGCAGAAACGAGAGGCGGAGAAACCGGCCGUACCUGAAACGGCAGGAAUCAAAUUCCCCGACUUCAAAUCAGCCGGAGUGUCUCUUCGAAGCCAGAGGAUGAAGUUACCGAGCUCUGUAGGACAGAAGAAGAUUAAAGCCAUUGAGCAAAUCCUCACCGAGCAGGGAGUGGACCUGAACCCCAUGCCCACCGAGGAGAUCGUGGCGAUGUUUAACGAGCUGCGCAGUGACCUGGUCCUGGUGUACGAACUGAAGCAGGCUCACAGUAACUGCGAGUACGAGCAGCAGAUGCUGAGACACCGCUACGACGCUCUGCUCAAAGCAGGAGGCACCGGCACACCCCACAGCGACGGUACGGCCGGGCCAGACUCGCAGAACUGGGCCGGGGUGGACGACAUCAAAACCGAACCCAAAGAACAGAUCAUCGACGUGGUAGGAGCGCCGCUCACGCCCAACUCGCGUAAACGCAGAGAGUCGGCCUCCAGCUCCUCGUCCGUGAAGAAGAUGAAGAAACCGUGACGUGCCUCACUUCCUCAACUCUGACCGAAAGACUUCGAGAACGUCCUGAAGCGUGCGUGGCGAUGAGAUGACCGAGGCGUAGGACGUCCAUCAGACUUGCCGGGGGGGUUUUUCUUCUUCUCUUUAUUAAAACCUGAACGGUUCUCUCAGUAAAGCGCCGCUGCUGCUCAUCGUCCUUAUCUUCAUCACGUUCCACUCAGAGGUAGCAGGUAAACUGUGAAUCGCUACGGAAAUGAACCCAGACGUAAUCAUGGAAGAACAGAAGGAAGAAGGAGGGUUGGAACUUUUUUCUUUUUUCUUUUUAAAAAAAACAAAAACAAACUCCUCCCGUGUGUGUUCGUAGAUUAUAAUGUACAGUACAGUCCUGGUCUUUUCAGACACGUCCCUCACUUGACGUUUGCCUCUUUUGUUUCUGAUCCCUGCUCUGAACCAGACAGGACAGACAAAAUGGCCGCCGAAGUGUCCUCUACAAUGUCUCUGUUGCAUCCGGCUCGGAAAACUGAGCUACCGAGCAACCGGCUUAAUAAAUGUGUUCCAUUUUUAAAUAUAUAUAUAUAUAUAUAUAUAUAUAAUUUUUUUGGGUGGUUUUUUUUUGUAGUGCUAUGCGAGUUUCACUCAUUUCACAAUUAUACGUUCACGUGUGCUUCACUUUUCUAGGGUUAAUUUGGUGUUUGCCGUCAGUGAACUGUUUAAUAAAGGGUAAUAAACUAGUCAGUGAUGAUUAGUUACAAUGUACUGGUGUGUAAAUAUCGUAUUACAAUAUUUAAAGACAUUUCUGCGGUUCGUUGUGUCUCGUUUUGCAAACACAACUGCCAGCAAAUAA